AUGGUGAAAUUGGUAACACACGAUGAAUUAGAACCAAAACCAAAGCAAAGGGGUCUGCGUACAUCUCUGAAAUUUAGUUUGCUUGCAUGUGAGGGAAAUGAAGUUAUUAGACAUUUGCUUGCUAAAGAACAGAUCUCCUCGUUAAAAAUUGGGGAACACAGUGGGGCAGCGCGGUCACGUGAUCUGACCAUGAGAGUUAAGUGGUUAAAUAACCACCACAUUUUUAACAAUUGGGCGGUGGUGAGAAAUCAGACUUGUUUCAGUGAUUUUACCCUAUUAGGAUUUUCAGGAAGACAAGUUUUUCUAUCGUUUCUUAUAGUCGUCACCUAUUUGAUGAUUCUUGUAGGGAAUCUCACUAUCUUCAGCAUUAUAAAGAUUGACAGUCAUCUCCAAACGCCAAUGUACUUUUUUCUUAGUUACUUAUCCAUAUUAGAUGUCUGUUACUCUACAGUUACACUUCCGUCUAUGCUGGCCAAUGCUGUAACAGGUAACAGGAGGAUUUCCUUCAAUAGGUGUUUUACGCAGCUGUAUUUCUUUGUCUCUCUCGGAGGAGCAGAGUGCCUUCUCCUAGCUGCCAUGGCAUAUGACCGAUACGUGGCAAUAUGCAACCCACUGCACUAUCACUUAGUUAUGAACAAGAUGUUCUGUUCCUACCUCGUCGGAGGAUCUGGGCUCUGUGGAUUCUUGAACUCGGUUCUCCACACACUAAUGACAUCUAAGCUGACUUUUUGUGGUGCACGGCACAUCAACCAUUUCUUCUGUGAUGUCCCCCCAAUGUUACAUGCUUCUUGCACUGAUACACGCACUAGUCAGCUGCUACUGUACAUAGUCAGUGUUUACUUAGGAAUGACUCCAUUUGUUUUUGUAAUUGUCUCCUAUACGCAAAUAAUUUCCACUAUACUGAAAAUACGGUCGGCGGACGGAAGACGGAAGGCCUUUUCCACCUGCUCGGCCCACCUCAUUGUUGUUACAGUGUUCUAUGUGACCGCUAACUUCAACUAUAUUGGCCCUGCACCUGGAGAUUCGUUUGAUUUUAUAAAACUGUCAUCUGUGCUGUACAGUGUUUUAACCCCUCUCUUUAAUCCUGUUAUUUACUGCCUGAGGAACCAGGAGGUGCAAAGGGCCUUAAAGAAAGUUUUCAUUGGAAAACAUCUAAAAAUAUAA